UCCAAGCAAGUGGAAAAACGCCACUCUUUCACGUUGCCUAACACUUUUUUUGAACAAAAAACACUACAUUAUAUACAAAUAUACAUGUUGAAAACAGCGAGCUAAUAAAUCGGAAAUAACAUUUUCAAUUAAUAUAAAAAGAAGUUUAAUAACUUGCCUACGGAAUUGCAAGUCUCUGAAAUGGGCAACUGAGAAUCUCAAAAUCGAACACCAAUCGAAGUGAACCUUCCAAUCGAGCAUACAGAAAAAACAUCCAUAUGUAUGAAAUAACAAUAAUUAAGAACCUGUGUUGUUAAUUUUACAAUCUUAAAAAAAAAUAAAGUAGCCGGCUGCAUGCACAAUGGAUACGUCACAGACGAAUAUGGAGGAUCCGAACCCAAAUCCCAACUAUGGUGUUGACCAAAGACUACAGAAGCCAGAGGUAUGGCCCAAUGUUAACGAGUUCCACGCCCCGAUCAUGUAUCCGGACGAUCCGAGGAGGUACUUCCACAAUCCGCCGCCCCCCGCGAAUCCCACAAAUCCCAUCGAUGGACUCGUAGCUGCAGCCAAUAUGCAACCGCCCAAGAUGCCAGACUACGGCCCAGAAACCGCACACAUUCACCCAGCCCCGAUCGAUCCCAAUGGCAUGGCCCUGCCCGUGGAGCCUGUGACCAAGAACCCAAAUGCACCAGCAGUACCUCCCUACGGUCACAAGCGAAAGAAUGCCGCGGCGGUGGAUGAGCAGACAGCUAGCAAGAAGAUCGGUCUGACGGCGGCCGAGGAGAAGAAGAACAACCACCUCCGGAAGAACAUUCGGGAUGUGAUGAACGAGAACAACCUGGACACCAACACGUUGGCAGCCCAGCGGGAGGAGUCUGAGCGAUUGGCUCGAGUUGCUGGCCAACAGAAGUCAAUGCGAGAAAUCCACAAGCAAGUGGUGCACAAACAGUUCUUCCGAAUCCUGCAGCUGGACGAGAGCGAGGGCAUCGAGAGCUGUUCGAUGGGAAGCAAUGUGGCCGAACAUCCACCCCCAGUCGAAUUCCCCGAGGAGGAGAUCGUCUCGGACACAUGCGACGAAUCCAACAGCAACAGUCACAGCAGCCUAAGCGGUAGCAUCGAAGAUGUGCUCCAUAAGGAGGUCAGCGUUGAGCAGCCAAGCGAAGUAGUUACCAUCGACGACAGCUCCGACGAUGACUGCAUACUCCUGUCGGAGGAGGAGGAAGAGGACGACGACGAAGACCUGAUCGAGGACGAUGCCACCAACAGCGGCAUGCAUGUCAAGGAUGCGUACAAUGUGCCCGACGAGAACGGGCAGGUGGUGGUCAACAUGGCCCACCCUGAGGGCGAGGAGACCCUCUUUCUGGCUCCCCAGAUUGCCAAGGUGAUAAAGCCCCACCAGAUUGGGGGCGUGCGGUUUCUCUAUGACAACAUAAUCGAGUCCACGCGGAGGUACAACAAGUCGAGCGGCUUCGGCUGCAUCCUAGCCCACUCGAUGGGCCUGGGCAAGACGUUGCAGGUGGUUUCCUUCUGUGAUAUCUUCCUGAGGCACACCUCGGCGAAGACGGUGCUCUGCGUGAUGCCGAUCAACACGCUACAGAACUGGCUCAGUGAGUUCAACAUGUGGAUUCCGCGCUACUCCGCUGACAGCAACGUGCGCCCGCGCAACUUUGACAUUUAUGUGCUGAACGACCAACAGAAAACGCUGACAGCACGCGCGAAGGUGAUCCUAAACUGGGUGCACGAAGGCGGAGUACUCCUGAUUGGCUACGAGCUCUUCCGCUUGCUGGCACUGAAGCUGGUAAAGACACGGAAGCGCAAGGGCAGCAUCGUACGGCCGGAUGGCAUGGACUCCAGCAGUGAUCUCAUGAACCUUGUGUUCGAAGCCCUGGUCAAGCCGGGACCCGAUCUGGUCAUCUGUGACGAGGGGCAUCGCAUCAAAAACUCACAUGCCGGAAUCUCCCUGGCUCUCAAGCAGAUCAGAACUCGCCGUCGUAUCGUCCUCACCGGCUAUCCACUGCAGAACAAUCUCCUAGAGUACUGGUGCAUGGUGGACUUUGUGCGGCCUAACUAUCUUGGCACCCGAACAGAGUUCUGCAACAUGUUCGAGCGGCCCAUCCAGAACGGUCAGUGCGUAGACUCCACGCCGGACGAUAUCAAACUCAUGCGUUACCGCGCACACGUUCUGCACUCGCUGCUCCUGGGAUUUGUGCAGCGACGUUCGCACACCGUUCUGCAGAGCACUCUGCCCCAAAAGUACGAGUACGUCAUUUUGGUUCGCAUGACGGCCUUCCAGCGAAAGCUGUACGACACCUUCAUGACGGACGUGGUGCGGACGAAGGCCUUUCCCAAUCCCCUCAAAGCUUUCGCCGUUUGUUGCAAGAUCUGGAACCAUCCGGAUGUUCUUUAUAACUUUCUGAAAAAAUGUGAGACUGAUUUAGAUUUAGAGAUCGACGAAGAGCUGCCUAAAGGAACGCCUACUCCGACUGUCGAGCCCACUCCAGAUCCUUCCAUUAGCAUGGCUUCGCCUGUGGCGGAGAAGAAGCCAAACGGAGCCGGCGAGCCGGUUCACAGCAUCGACAACCUACCCAAAGCCGAGAAUCAAACCCUGUUCAAUCUAACGGCAUCAUCCGAUCUUAGUGCAAAAUAUUUAAACAAAAGCCCUAGUUUCUAUGAGGAAAAGUCAGAGCCUCUCAGCUACGGAUCGUUCAGUUCUGAAAGCAAGAACAACUACUGGAUGGACUCCAGUAUCCUGCCUAAACCGGGAUGUGUUGAAGUCAAGCAGACGGAUACCUCAAUGUCGAAUAACUUCGAGAGUAUUACCGGAUCCUCGGAAAUCGUGGAUCUGGACACAAAUGAAAUAAAAACCGUUGAGACGAACAUCCAACCGUCCGUCUGUUCCACCAAUCCCAUCGACAAUGAGUGCAAUACCAAUAAGCCAAGCGAGUGGAACGCCACAGGUAUUAAGAACGCUGUAGCAGAACCGUUUAAAAAGCUGCUGAAGAGUAAGCGCAACGACGAGUUCUCGUGCGCGUGGGCCGUCGACCUAAUGAAGAACUAUGUGUCCGGCCUGAUAUCGAAUUCGCCGAAGAUGGAAAUAUUCUUCUGUAUUCUGAAGGAGAGCAUGCAUUUAGGAGAUCGUAUAUUGUUGUUUAGCCAAAGUUUAUUAACCUUAAAUUUACUCGAAGGAUAUCUAAAGUCUAGUUACGUUCCUGGUAGCAAUCAAUUCUGGACCCGAAAUGUUUCAUACUUUCGAUUGGAUGGCUCGACCUCCUCGCAGGAAAGAGAAAGGCUAGUCAACGAAUUCAAUGCAAAUACUAGCGUUAAGCUGUUUUUAAUAUCCACAAGAGCGGGCUCACUGGGAAUCAACCUGACGGGGGCGAACCGUGUUAUAAUAUUCGACGCCAGUUGGAACCCUUGCCACGAUACCCAGGCUGUAUAUAGGAUAUAUAGAUAUGGCCAAACUAAGCCGUGCUUUGUAUAUAGAAUUGUAAUGGAUAAAUGCUUAGAGAAGAAGAUCUACGACAGACAAAUCAAAAAGCAGGGAAUGUCCGAUCGCAUCGUCGAUGAGUGCAAUCCCGAGGCUCAUCUAUCGAUGAAGGACAUCACGAAUCUGUGUCACGACUACGACUCCGAUGAGGAAACUCACGAGGAUCGCGACAAAAUUGCUGAUGAGUCUAGUAAGUCGAGCAAGCCCAGCUCGCCGGUAACUGAGCAAACUAAGCUGACGGACGAGCCAAAUGCGUCACCAAAUGAGACAAACAAAGCGAGUGAGGAGCCGAACAAGCCACCUGACGAGAAAGACGAGUCGAGUGAUGAGUCCAAAGCACAAAACGGCACCUUGGAAGUGCCAGCUAAGAAGGAGAAAGAGGAAGCCCCUGCCAACAUCGUUCAUGCCGACUCCAUAAUCAAUAUCAUACUCGAUCUGCACAGGCAUUGUGUGACGAAGGAGCCGUUCCUGCACGAAAGCCUGUUGGUGGACCAAAAAGACAGAAAGCUAUCACAGGCGGAGAAGAGACAGGCGCACCGGAGCUAUGAACUGGAGAAGAAGGCUUCCGUCAAUCAGAGGUUCACCUAUGCUCCCGCUAAAAUGCAUUAUAAGAUUGUUAACAACGAUGGUACUGUAAUCACCAAGCCUAUCAACCCGCAGGUAAGGCCCAACACUGCAGUUUCGAGCGGAGGACGCACCACUCGCUGGAUUCCAGCUGAUGUCUGGCAACGGCAAGGAAUGACGGCUCAGGAAAUGACCCUACCACUUGAUGUUGUCAUUCCCACCAAUUCGGCCGACAAGGCCAACAUCAUUCUCAAGGCAGGCCAAAGGGUUAUGGUCCUGAAGUCAACUAAAGGCAUAUACAUGCAACUGGACAGUGGAAAGAUUAUAGCUAUAAGGACCACAGCAAAAACAGAAGCCGAGAAAGCAAACAAGGACGAUGUGAUUGACAUAACAUCCGACUGUGACACCGAUACGGCUAAGCCGCAAACGCCAGAACCUGAUAACGUCAAAGAUCUGACAGGCGACGACGAACCACAUAUCGUGAAUACUAAAGAAGCUCCCGUUGGCCGCUCUGAAAUGCCUUCGAAAGACAGAAAGCCCGCAGAAAACAUUCAGCAUUAUAAGACCCAAACGCAACCAAAUAGUACUUUAGGAAAUCCAUCAAAUCCGCAUCAGAUGCCUUGCGACAUGAACUACCCGCAGCCGUCGCAACAGCAACAACAGCCGCCGCCGCAACAGCAACAACCGCAGCAGCAGCAGCCACAACAACCACCACCACAGCCACCACCGCAAGGAUACAAACAUCAGAAUCCAGAAGGUUAUAACAACUCCAAUAGUAUGCAGCCCAAUGUGCCACUAUCCGGUCCACAUCCGGUAGCUCCUAACAGCGAAGCACCGGCGGACAGCUCCUACUUCCAGCCCAAGCCAUUUCAGCACUCCUAUCCGCCCCAAUACUACGACUAUUAUGACAAUAAGCACAAGCCCACGCCACCUGCUUCCGGCUAUCACAUUAACAACUAUAGCUCCUACGGAAACCUGAACUUCACACCGUACCAUUCCAAUCUGCAUCCGCCCUCGGGCUAUAUCGGUGCUGCUCCCUCAUCGUACGUGAAUUCGAAUGUCUUUCCCCGACAACACUGGAGUUCGGUGGUGAAUGCACCGGCGUCAAACGAGCCUAUUCGACAGCCAUCGUACCUCGGUAGUACUUACCCCAUAAACGAGUGGUCGUCGCAAUAGCGACUGUAAAUAGACUAUGGUCCAACAUCUCCACAUGUCCAGUUAAGUGCGAGGCCACUUUAUCGAGCUCAAAUAUACUCAGACUUACACAUAUUUAAUCCUCUUAUGUGGGUUAUUGUUUAUUGAUUAUUAUUCUCUUUUUUUUAUAAAAUGUAUAGAAAAAUGUUGAUUGUUUUUGCAUUUUUUUUUACAUUUCAAAAUGUACUCAAAGAGCGCCUAUUAAUUUUAAAAUUGUAUUUAUUACAUGAUAUUUUGAAUAAGAACAAAAGUAUAAAGAAAUCAUCAUUAAACUAGACAAUUAAAACGAUCAUCGAUGUGAUCAAUAAACCACACAAUGCUUCCUAUACUUAUGAUAUUUCUAUUUUAACAAUGAUGAUGUCCUUGUAGAAGUCCCAUUCAAAUCAUUUUUCCUAGCAAUGGUUUAGCACUUGUGGUUUAGGUGUUUCCUUAACUGGACAAAACAGAGCUCGGCCUUUAUUCCUUACCACUAAUUUCCAAUUAAUUUAUUUAUUUGAAUAAUAAUAUAGUGAAUUCUCUUUAAAGUUAAAACCCAUUAUGAACUACGUUUAGGUUAUUAGUUUCGAUUCUGGAAAGAAAUAAACGAAAUCUAAUUAAAUAAAUAUUCAUAGCUCGUAAAGUACUUUUUAAGCAAUCCUUCUACCACCCAGCUGUAUUUAAUUUAGAAGCCCACAAAUAGAAAAACUCAUACGGAAUAACAUUCGAAAAUUGGUCUCUUUUUUGGUUACGGGUGUACCUUAGCCCGAUAUUGAAAAGAUAAACUAAAACAAGAAAAAAACAUUGACAUUAGUCUAGAUAAUAGCACAUUCGAAAUAAUUAACAAGCUUUGAUUAAACAAUGUUAGAUCUAAGAAAUAAAGUAAAAGUAUUAAACAAGA